AUGGCCCCUCGUGUGGUUAAUUUUAGUAGCGAUGAGGUGUCUAAAGAUGUUGGUGGAACAGUCACCCCAAGUAAAGGUUCCUUGUGGUCACUGACCAUCGCCAUCGACGAGAAUAAAAUUUCAGAGAGAAGUUCGAGACCUCCUCAAGUGACUCCAUCAAUAGUAUAUCCUUUAAAAAUCCUAAGGCCUUUAGCCAAUCUUGUAGCAGGCAUCGCUGUGGCGCAUCAAGAGACAGCCGAGGUACGUCAGAGGCUCUGA